GUUUACUAUCAUUGUGAAUCCCCUGAAUAUCUUUAUAACCGGCACGCUCACGCACUUCAAAUCCAAGGUUCUGCUUCUGUGACGCGGUAGUUAUUUAGUACCUAGUAUGUUCCUAGGUACAUACGUAGGUACGUACGUAGCAGUGAAGGAUAGGCCGCGUAAGACACCAUGUCGGCCCCCGCUUCGGUACCGUUCCAGCGCCCCGCCAAGCUGACCACCAGGCGGCCUACUACAUCAGGGCUACAUCCAAGGUGCGGCGCGGCCACCAAUGCAACUGCGACAGCACUGCUGCGACAUGCCGUCAGUGCCGGUCGCCAAGGAAUUGUUGGAUUCUCUAAGUUUAGCACUGAAUGUGCAGAUCACGUCGUUGCGUCUGGGCAUGGACCCGACAAUGAAGCUCUUUGAUUCUCUUGAUCCAACCUGAACCCUCCUAUUGCAGGCAAUGCGACGGUGUCUGGCAAGAUGAAGAUGCUCUCGGUGCUUGGCCGCUGCUCGCAGCUUCCCCUCCUCUACAAGAUCACCAUAGCCGGUGUCUUUACCUUGAUCCUGAUCGCCACACUUCACACUGGCCCGGUCGACUUUCGAGAACGUUGGGAUAAGCUCCGGCAUCCGAAGAAGAAUGGCCUCGCCGAUGGCGUUCCCCUCCGUGUCAUGUUCAUCGGUGCCUCGAUGACGCUCGGCGAGCACUCCACCGGCGAAAGGGGCUACCGGAAACAGAUUCGGGACUGGUUGGUAUCACAAGGAAACGAGGUCAACUAUGUCGGUCAGAACCGAUAUGGCGACUUUCUUGACAACGAUGUUCAAGCCUUCGGUGCUCAGCCGAUCAAGCCGACUCUAGACCGUUGCAAGGAGAUUGUGCCCCAGACCCAGCCGAACCUAAUCCUGAUAAACGCCGGGUCCAGCGACUGUUUCCAGCAACAACACUGGGGCCCAGCCUUUGUCCUACAGAAGAUGCGCGCGCUCGUGGACUAUCUAUUCGAAGCCUCCCCCCGUGCGACAAUUAUCAUGUCGACUAUCAUCACCAGCCCUUGGGAGAAUGUGGAGGAUUGUGUCACGUCGGCAAACGCGCAAAUUCGACAGGUCGCCCACGAUCUGAUCCGCGAGGGCAAGCCCGUCGUGCUUGCCGAGAUGCAUCACGAUCAGGGUCUGCCGCACCGAGUUGAGGUGAAGCAUAUUGGCAAAGACAAGAUGCAUCCUAUCGACGAGGGCUACUUCCUGAUGGGCGACAUAUUUAUCGAGAGCAUCCAGGAUGUUGACGAGAAAGGGUGGAUCAAAGCCCCCGUCAACAAUGGUGUCCCCUUUGAUGGUGAGGCCGAGCGCCAUGCCGAAGAGCUCAAGAGCGAGGAACAGGUCAAGGAAAAACCGGAUGAACAGGCCACGGGCGAAGCAAAGAAGGACGAAGAGAAGCCCAAGGCCCGUAGAAGACGUGCUAUGUGAAAACGUCAUCGGACUCGGAAAGAUAGAGGCGUGGGGGGGUUGCAUUUGAUACCAUCGAGGAAACGAUGGUUAUAUGGAUUAGAGCAUAAACAUGGCGAUUACGGAUUUGGGCGGUCAAAAGAAGAAGCAGGUCUUUCUGUUAAUAUUGUAGGGACGUCGCUGAAACCAACUGUACCAUUAUUCCGGUAUUAGUUCUUGUAUAUUGUAUAGAACAAACCUAUUUCAAAGAUCAUAACCUCGA